UGUAUCAACUCUUCUCUCCAAGCAUGUUUCUCCAUCUGUUCUGGUCAAGUCUCAAUAACUGCAGCACUGCCAGUAGAUCAUCUUUAUCUGGCGACUCUGUUUUUCGAUGUCAAUCAAUAUAUGCGAAAGAAGCGCCUCUGGAAGCCUGCAUCGAAUGUUUUCUUCCUGUGACAUGUGAGAAAGAGCACGUUGUGUAAGAGGUGGUCGUAUGCCGGCAAUUCAUUCCGUCUCGCUCGUCAUGUGUGCGUGCCAUUUUUCGAUUGUGCUCCCCUCAUCCCCGGUCAAUCGGUUCCAGAUGCUCGGGAUUUUUUCUCGUGAGAUGCACCAAUGCCUGGAAUUUUCUUUGCGAUCUGUCACGGUGUUCGCAUACGAACGCCUGCACCAUGAAACAUGCCAUACGUACGCUCAGACCUUUCAUGAUACAACACAGAUAGCGUUGUCCACUUUCGACUCUGUGGUCUUAACCUCCGUAGGUCAUGUUUUCCUAAUCGUCAGUAUACGGUAUACGAGAAUCGAGAUGACGUGGCGCUGCAAUGGUAUCCAUGGGCGAGAAAUCUUCUUGUACACUCAAUGCACAAACCCUACGGGCAGAGGCAGUUUGCGUUGAUGAAUUAUUGGAUUGGCACAGGUGGUCCUCAUUUCAUAUCGGAUUGCUACAGUUAGGAAGUGUGUAGAUGUUCCGACUCACAUCUCAACACGAAGUUGUCGAUUGUGGAUCGUCUGCAUCUCUUACUGA